AGUUGUGGAAGACGAGGUAGAUUGAUUUGAUUGGAUUGGAGAGAGCGGUGAAUAUCGAAUCUGAUAUUUGGUUGCAAGUGUCUUAUAAAGGCAGGGGCAGGGGGGGUGCAGGGCAGCCUGGCUCUGGCUCAGCCUUAGCACACCAUGGGUCAAGGCCUCAGCUGCAGAGCAGGCAACCACGAGCAUGGCCUCUUCACUGCCGUCCACCACGGUCACCUUCUCACCGUCACCUCCCUCUUAGACCACGACCCUUCUCUCCUCCACCACACCACUGUAUACGAUCGCCACUCUCCUCUUCAUAUUGCCGCUGCCAAAGGCCACAUCCACAUUCUUUCCAACCUUCUCGAUCGAUCUCUUAAUCCUGAUGUUCUCAAUCGCCAGAAGCAGACCCCGCUUAUGCUCGCAGCAAUGCACGGCAAGAUCGACUGCGUCCAGAAGCUUCUUCAAGCUGGAGCUAAUGUUUUGAUGUUCGAUUCUAUUUACGGAAGAACAUGCUUGCAUUAUUCAGCUUAUUACGGCCAUUCUUCUUGCCUUAAGGCAAUUCUUUCUGCUGCUCAAUCUAGUCCUGUCGCUGCUUCUUGGGGAUUUUCUCGGUUUGUAAAUAUCAGAGAUGGCAAAGGUGCAACGCCAUUACACUUGGCAGCUCGCCAAAGAAGGCCGGACUGCGUGCGUGUUCUGUUAGACAGUGGAGCUCUUGUUUGUGCUUCAACAGGUGGAUAUGGAUGUCCAGGGAGCACUCCCCUACACGUUGCGGCCAGAGGUGGAUCUCUGGAUUGCAUUCGCGAGCUCUUAGCUUGGGGCGCCGAUCGUCUACAGCGCGACGCAUCCGGGAGAAUACCGUAUGUGGUAGCUAUGAAGCACAAGCAUGGGGCAUGUGCAUCACUGCUGAAUCCCUCGUCUGCAGAGCCCCUUGUUUGGCCCUCUCCAUUGAAGUUCAUCAGCGAACUUAAUCAAGAAGCCAAGGCCUUAUUAGAGCAGGCCUUGAAGGAUGCAAACAGAGAGAGGGAGAAAAAUAUAUUAUUGAAGCCUACCACCUACUCUCUCCCAUCUCCAUCCCAUUCUGAUGAUGAUAAUAUCUCUCAGGUUAGCGAAUCAGCAUUAUGCUGCAUUUGCUUUGAGCAAGAAUGCACAAUUGAAGUCCAGAACUGUGGGCACCAGAUGUGUGCACAAUGCACAUUAGCCCUAUGUUGCCACAACAAACCAAACCCUGCCACGGCUGCCCUUACGCCGCCGGUUUGUCCCUUCUGUCGAAGUGCCAUAGCCAGGCUGGUGGCCGUGAAGGUGGAAGCUCAGGAGGAAGUGGAUCAAGACACCAAUAAUGGUUCCAAGCUAAGCAAGUCAUCAAGGAAAACAAGAAACACAAAUGAGGGCGGCAGUAGCAGCUUCAAGGGCCUAUCAUUCGCCAAGUUGGGUAGCCGCAGCUCUGGAAGGAUUGCUGCUGAUGAUGAAUGGAUUCACAAAGACUGAAUGCAAUGCUUCCAUAAUUGGCAACAUGGAUCAAAAAGAAAAGGUUACUAGCUAUAUAUAUGUGCUUCACCAGCAAGGCAUGAUCAAAGAAUAUUAUGUAAUUUUGGGACAUAAGCAAAGUCAGUGGAAGUAAGUGCAAGUGAAGUGAAGUUUGCGGUAGGUACCAAAAACAAGAGCAGGAUGUCAUGUUCUACUAGCUAGCUACGAUUGUUGUUAUAAUUAUUGUUACUUGAGAUUGAAGAAGCAUCACUUGGGUCGAUGAUUUUGAGAGUAUAGUCCUCAUUCAAUCAAAUUUUAUUAUACAUUAAACAGGUAAAGUGGACGGGAAUUGAAUUUCUCUUCCAAUAAUAAAUAUUUUAUUAUGAAAACUGUGUAUUUGGUAUUUCUUUGUAACCAUGUGAAAUGAGCAAUAAAAUAUGAAUACGAAAGUGAAGUACUUACUCAUCAGAGCGUCAUGUGAUCAUGUCUCUACGUUCUUAUUAAUAAUUAGUAGUAAUAAUCCAUACAUAAUUUGUGCACUUGUUAGAUGAUGUUACAUAGUGUUGACACGUGGAUUUUGGAAUUGUAUGUGAUAUAAUAAUGGUUGAUAACUUGAUAUCAUUGAUUCAGAAUCAGAUAGAGGGACAGCAGGGACAAACAGGAACGAUGAUUGAUUGAUGAAAUGCCAAGAGUUACAGUGUAGGUGUCACUUACUCAAUUACGCCACACUGAUGCAAACGCUGUGUUUGACUUGAUGAUGAACUUCCAACUUCCAAGUUCCAAUCUCCAAUCAUAGUGAAUAAUAUAAAUAAAAAAUACUAACCGUCCAUGCUCCAUGCUGAUCUUAAUAUUUACAGUUUCAAAAGCAGAAGCAAGAAACUCAUUAGAAAAUAAUGUGUAUGCGUUGACAUUAUAUGGUUUCUUUAAUUCGUCAUUUAUAUUUUUACAAGUUGCAUUGUAGUAACUAAUUUGCAAGAUAUGAGUAUUAUUGGUGUCUGCCGACAAGUUGGAUGCAAAAAUAUCUGAAAGAAUAGGUCAUAUUCAAGUACGUCACAUGGGACUUAGUCCUUUUGUUUAUACAAAAUGGAAACAAUUAUGAAACUCGUAACCUUCGUUUUGGAUCCAAGCCAAGUGGCUGCAGAUUCACAUGAAUCUGGAUAACAACAAUCACACAUUUUUUAAUUUCAUUUUAAUUUUUAUUUUUUAUUCAGGACUCUAUGCCACAUACACAAACUUCUCUAAUCGAUUUGAUUUCUAAUGACAUGACUAAUCGCAGACGUACCCUGUUUCACUUUUGUAUUUUGUCCAUUUUAGGUUGGGUUGGGCCAAUAGAUUAUAUAUCCCAAGUUUUAAGUAAUCACUAAGUAGGGGUGUUCAAAACCGAUCCGGGCCGAACUAAACCGAAGAACCGAAUCGAAAAAACCGAAAACUGAAAUAACCGAAAACCGAAAAAACCGAAAAAACUUGUUUUGCUGUUUUUUGUGUGGUUCGGUUCGGUUUUCGGUUUUGACUUUGAAGACCCUAACCGAACCGAACCGAACCGGUUAGGGAAAAAAACCCUAAACAUUACUAACCGCACCCACCCUCCCAGACCCCCCCACCCCCAAACGAAACUGCGCUCUGCGCGAGUGUGGCGUCUACCCUAACCCCCAAAUCCCCACUGCGCUCAUCGCUCUCUCUUCUCCAAAUCUUCACAGUUCACACACCCAAGACCCAACCACACCUACCUAGUACCUGCGGCACCCACUACCCAGCCACCCACCAGGCCACCACUGCAAAGUCUUCGGCCCGUCGCACAUCAGGCCAACCCGAAGCCACGCCGUCGCACAUCAGGCCAACACGAAGCCACGCCGUCGCACAUCAGGCCAACACGAAGCCACCACCGACUGACUCGACACGGCAGCACAGCACCACGCCGUCGCCGUUGAGACGCCACCACCCUAACCCAUCAGUUCAACCCAGCACGGCAGCACCUCCCAGUCUCCCACUCAGCCUUCCUCCCAAGUCAAUAUGGAGCCCGAGCCACCGAUUCAGCUAAGGUUCGAGUGGAAAUUGAAGAGGAAACUGAUAGACUUACUGGGAAAUCAAAAUAGAUAUCUCAUGUUCCCAUCCAUCUCAGCAUCUACUCUCCAAAUGUUGUCAAUCUGACGCUUAUAGAUCUACCUGGUUUGAUGAAGGUUGCAAUAGGUACACUUUUUUCAUCCUCCUUUCUAGGUUGAACAUCGAUUUCAGCUUCUGCUUAUUUGCUACUCUUGGUUUAUGAAAAGAUGUUUUAUUUUGAGAGACUGGAGUUGUUCUAUAAGCUUGAAAUACUGACUGCAUCACUUAUGUUUUUCUCAUCCUUAUAUGUAAUUUACAACUGGCUCUUUGGUAUUAUUUAGCAUUUUUCUCUAACAAUUAUCAUUGUUUCACACAGCCAUUCAUCUGAUUCUUUUUUGAAUGAUUGGUGGAUGAAGGUAAAUAACUAGGAUUUUACUGGUUUUGCAUAUGGAUCUGAUUUGUUUGCAAAUGCUGAGGUAAUGAUCUAAAAGAAAACAAGGUUUCACAUAAUUAUUUGAUUCAGUUCUUUUGGUUACUUCACUUUAUGACUAACUUUCUUUGCUUGACUCAGUACCCUAUUGAACCAUGGGGUCUGGUUGAAGAACUGAAUCAUUUCAAGCUCAAUUAUGGCAACCCCCCAAUGCUUCACUGUAUAAUUAUUAUUGUUGUUGUUCUUAUGUAACUAUUUUUUUUAUUAUUUCAGGUUGGUUUGCAUUAAGAAGUUUAGCUAUUUUGUUGGAGAAGACAUCAUAACUUUACUAUCAGUUUAAUGACAAUUUAUUUUUAUUUUCAGUUGUGUUGACUGUUGAACUAUUGAACUUUUUUAAUUGUCGUAUUUGAAUUCUGUUGUCGUUAAAUUUCAUUAGAUCAAAACUUUGUUAGCUACUGUGUAUUUUGGUUUGUCGAUUUCAAUGUUAUGACUUUGCAUAA